AUGUGCAGUUCCCUGGAGCGGCUGGCUGUGACGGUCACUACCUUUCCCAAGUACUCCGGCUGAGAGUGUGACAAGUUCCAGCUGAAGGAGCUGAAGGAACUUCUGAAAAAGAGCUGCCCAGCUUUGCAGGGCUGAAAGGUGGAUGAAGAAAGCCUGAAGAAGCUCAUAGAAGACCUGGAUGAUAACAGCGGCCAGGAGGUGGACUUCUGGGAGUAUGGUAUUUUUCUGGCCCUGGUCACUGUUAUGUGCAAUGACUUCUUCCAGGGCUUCCCAGACCAGUCCUGAAGCAGAGCUCUCGACUCCCUGCCAUUGGUCUCUUGGGCCCAGGAAGACUUCCUAUCUUUUUAGUUUUGUGCUCAGUAAACUUUGUUGUUUGGUGAUAAAAUUUUAAUCAUCCAGUGAUGCCCUGUAACCUGGCUGGCUUAGUUGGAGUGCUGGAAACCGAAGGCCUCCUGGAUCUGACCCCCUUCUGGGCCCCGACUCUCCUUCUAGAAGUCUCCCCAAGGCCUGAGGUCUCAUACUUUGGGGUUUCAAAUACCAGUAAAAAUUUGGAAAUGGAGAUAGUUUGC